UUCCUCCAGCAGCGGCCGAGGAGCAUCAGACUGAGCGCUGAUCCUCCUCCUCUCUGUGUGUCGGUGAAGGCGUGCUGGUAGCUCUACGCUGUCACACACAUUCACUCGUGUUUGAUUAUUUCCCGGGUGAACUCCCUGCAGCAGGACAGACGGCUCAGUCUCCAGAUCACCACCCAACAACAUGGGUUAGAAAGACAAGCGACCUCUGGAUUAUCCACUUUGUGCACUUCACCGAGGAGCAUGAUGAUGAUGAUGGGGGGAGAAACCGACUUGUUUUCGCAGAGACAUCCUGACAAAGACGGGGACUAGAGACCGGGGAUUUGCUGCUUCUCUCUGUCUCGCUUUGCAUCUUUAUUUUUAUUAUUUUUGCUCUUUUUUGUGUGCGAGACAGAGAAAUGUUUGCAGAAUUGCUGUGCGGCGCCGUGGCUCUGGUCCUGUAUGUCAACACUCUGGGCGCCGAUUUCUGCUACGAUGACAGCCGUGCUAUCAAGACCAAUCAGGACCUGCUUCCAGAGACCCCCUGGACCAAUAUCUUCUACGAUGACUUCUGGGGCACCUUACUCACACACAGUGGCAGCCACAAGUCUUACAGGCCCCUCUGCACCCUCUCCUUCCGCCUCAACCACGCCGUGGGUGGGCUGGAGCCCUGGGGUUACCACCUGGUUAACGUGGCCCUCCACGGGGCCGUGACGGGCCUGUUCACCUCCCUGGCUCGCCUGCUGCUCGGAGGAGGCCUUUGGAGCCUGCUGGCCGGCCUGCUCUUCGCUUCUCACCCCAUCCACACCGAGGCGGUGGCGGGCGUCGUGGGCCGGGCCGACGAAGGCGCCGCCCUGUUCUUCUUGCUGUCCCUGCUGUGCUACAUGCGUCACUGCGAGCUGCGGGGCCACGCCGGGCCCUUGCGGCUCGUGGCCUGGUUCCUGGGCAGCCUGGGCUGCGCCGCGUGCAGCAUGCUGUGGAAGGAGCUCGGGGUGACCGUCCUGGCCGUGUCGGCGCUGUACGACGUCUGCAUUUUCCACAAGCUCAAAUUGCGACAGGUCAUCACCCUCCUCUACAAGAGAAAGAACGUCCACCUGCUGCUGAAUGUGUUUUUGCUGGCCGCCUGGGGAGCCGUCCUGUUGGCCUGCCGCUUCUACUGGAUGGGCAACAAACCCCCCAACUUCUCCAACUCCGACAACCCGGCAGCCGACUCGCCCUCGCUCCUCACCAGGACGCUGACCUUUUCCUACCUGCCUGGCGCCAACUUUUGGCUUCUCCUUUGCCCAAACACGCUCAGCUUUGAUUGGUCGAUGGACGCCUUGCCUCUGAUCAGGAGCCUUGCUGAUUGGAGGAACUUUCACACGGUGGUCUUCUACCUUGGGUUGCUCUUGCUGGCUUGGUUCAGCCUGUGGACGCACCAGACGGCUAAGGGCAAAGAGACCAACGGCAAAGCGCAUCAUUACACCAACGGCAGAAAUGGGAACAGUAACGGACACAGUUACCAAUAUAACAAUCAUGAACAUAUGAACAACUCCCACACAGACGCUCACAUCAAUAGCGCACAGAAUGGUACCAAAAAGCACUAUGAGAGCAGGACUCCACUGCCCACCACUGAAAAUGUGGUGGUGUUCUCUCUGGGCCUGUUGGCUAUCCCUUUCCUCCCCGCCACAAACUUGUUUUUCUACGUGGGGUUUGUGAUAGCAGAGAGAGUACUGUACAUCCCAAGCAUGGGCUUUUGCUUGCUGGUGGCAGUGGGGAUGAGGUCCCUGUACGUCCGCCUGCGACGCAGGUCCUCCAGGGCGGUGUUGGUGUACUGCAGCGCUGCCGUGGUUCUUCUUUUCGGUGUCAAAACUGUUUUGAGGAACCGGGACUGGCGGAAUGAGGAGAUGCUCUACAAGUCAGGGAUUUAUGUCAAUCCUGCUAAAGCAUGGGGCAACCUUGGAAAUGUCCUGAAAAGCCAGGGCGAGAUGGAGGAGGCUGAACAGGCGUACAGAAAUGCCCUCUAUUACCGCAGCAACAUGGCUGACAUGCUGUAUAACCUCGGUUUGCUGCUGCAGGAGAGCAACAAGUUCUCAGAGGCGCUCCACUACUAUAAGCUGGCCAUUGGGAGCCGGCCAACUCUGGCUUCUGCCUACUUGAACACAGGCAUCAUCCUGAUGAAUCAGGGUCGACUAGAUGAGUCCAAGCGCACCUUCCUGACGUGCGCUGACAUCCCAGAUGAGAACCUGAAGGACCCCCACGCCCACAAGAGCUCAGUCACCAGCUGCCUGUACAACCUGGGCAAGCUGCUCCAUGAACAAGGACACCAAGAGGAGGCCCUCACAGUGUUUAAAGAAGCAAUACAGAAAAUGCCAAGACAAUUUGCACCGCAGAGCCUCUACAACAUGAUGGGAGAGGCCUACAUAAGACUGAACAAGCUGACUGAUGCUGAACACUGGUACAGAGAGUCCCUGCGGGCCAAGCCGGACCACAUUCCUGCACACCUCACCUACGGCAAACUCCUGGCUAUGACGGGGCAGAAAACAGAAGCGGAGAGGUACUUCCUGAAGGCCAUCCAACUCGAUCCCGCAAAAGGCAACUGCUACAUGCAUUAUGGUCAGUUUUUGUUGGAAGAGUCGCGGCUGCUGGAAGCUGCGGAGAUGGCAGAGAAAGCCGCACGCCUCGACAGCGGGGAGUUUGAUGUGGUCUUCAGCGCAGCCCACAUGCUCAGACAAGCCAGCCUCAACGAGGCAGCCGAGAAGUAUUACGGACAAGCUGCGAGCCUGAGACCCAAUUAUCCUGCCGCCUUGAUGAACCUGGGGGCGAUCCUCCACCUCAACGGGAAGCUGCAAGAAGCUGAAGCCAAUUACCUCCGAGCACUUCAACUGAAACCGGAUGACGCCAUCACUCAGUCCAACUUGCGUAAGCUGUGGAACAUAAUGGAGAAACAGGGCCUGAGGACCAUGAGCCCCUGAGCUCACCCCGCCCGCCCGCCUACCUGCCAUCUGUAUGCCAGACCUGGGGGAAAGGAACAGCCUACACGCUCCUCAUUCGCUCUUCUCAUCCAGGAAAAGAUGGAAGAGACUCAGGGAGGAUGUUUGCUCAGAGAGACCAUGACUGUGCCACACAGCCCUUCUAAUAACUCCUGAGCUCUGCAUACACCUCAGGCCAGCAGCUUUCUUCAGAAGCAUUGCUCACAGUUUGGCAGGCGUUAACGUGGCACUCUUUGGACUCUUUAAAACUUUCUUCAAAAUUAGUGUUCUCUCACAGGAACCACGUCUUUGUUUGUUUGUUUUUUCUUUGUUUUUUUUUCUUUUAUGACUAGAGCACUUGAACUUGAAGUGAGACCAUACAGUAUAGGUACACCUUUCAACAUUUGUGAUGAAUUAUUGUUUUUAAAAUAAGCAAUUUUAGUUCAAAGAAGGUGAAAUUUGUCAGUGUGAGAUACGAUAAAAAGAAUCUCAGAGCACUGCGGAGCACAGAGGGCAUUGUCCAUCACCAUUUAAUAAAGUUCUUGAUUGGAUCUGAUGUUCCAUCUUGAUAAU